AUGGCGUUUGAAGCGCUCACCAUGUCCACGGUCACGGCGACGAUGACGGCGACUACCACUUUUCUAUCGAGCACGUCCAGCGCGAGUGCUACACCUACUUCUACAACGAUACCGGGCGGCGACAACGGCGAAAACCCCGGCAAUGGCCACGACACGCUGCGCCAGUGGUCGUCCCUUAUUGGCAUCGUCACCGCCAUUGUCGGCAACAUUCUCAUUGCCCUGGCGCUCAACGUCCAACGAUACGCACACACAAGACUCAACAGGGAGCGUGCCCGCGUCAAGCAACGGGCUCGCGCCAUCCUAAAACGCGCCCAGAGCAACCCGGCCGGCUCGUACGGUGCCAUCGACUCGAGCAACGGGCAUGCCAACAGCAAUGGGACGAGCAACGGGACGAGAAACGGCGAUGCAGACGGAUAUCUGAACAGCGAGAAUGAUCCCCUGGCAGCGUCGUUCCAGUCCGACGCCACCACCGUGCCGGACGACCCAGCCGAUGCGGACAAGGUCUCGUCCAACUACCUCAAGUCGCCGUAUUGGUGGGCCGGGCAGAUCCUCAUCACACUGGGCGAGAUGGGCAACUUUUUGGCCUACGGCUUCGCGCCGGCGUCCAUUGUCUCGCCGCUCGGCGUCGUUGCGCUGGUGUCCAACUGCAUCAUUGCGCCGGCCAUGUUUCACGAAAAGUUCCGCCAGCGCGACUUUUGGGGCGUCGUCAUUGCAGUCGGCGGUGUUGUCACGGUCGUGCUGAGCGCCAAGACGGAAGAAACCAAGCUGAACCCCCAUGAUAUCCUAGACGCCAUCACUACCACCGAGUUUGAGAUUUAUCUCGGAGUGACAAUAUCCCUGAUCGCUAUUCUAAUGUACGCAAGCGGCAGAUACGGCCGAAGCACGAGUCUGAUUGAUUUGGGCUUGGUCGGCCUCUUUGGUGGCUAUACUGCGCUUGCGACAAAAGGUGUAUCAUCCAUGCUAUCAUCAACUCUCUGGCGAGCAUUUACUGCUCCCCUAACCUAUGUUUUACUCUUCAUACUCCUCGGCACUGCCGUGAUGCAAAUCCGUUACGUGAACAAGGCUUUGCAGCGCUUCGAUUCUACGCAGGUCAUACCCAUACAGUUCGUCAUGUUCACGCUCUGCGUCAUCAUUGGCAGCGCGGUCCUCUAUCGCGAUUUCGAGAAGACGACGCCCGAGCGAGCAGCCAAGUUUGUGGGCGGAUGUCUGCUUACCUUUUUUGGCGUGUUCCUGAUAACAAGCGGACGUCAGCGCAAAGAUGAGGACGAAGACUUGCUUGACGAUGCAGAGGGUGUCGACGAGACGAUUGGCCUGAUUGACCAAGAAGGAAACCCAGCUGCCGCACCAGAAGAUGAUUCAAGACAGGAUGUACCGUCCCGUCGCUCCAGCAAGGUGUCGCGUGUGAGUUUCGCGGAGCCGUUCAAAGGCUCCUACCAGGACGCACCAGAGGAUUCCGCGCCAGUUCGUCCCAAGAUGGCCGCCAUCACUCCCCCGGAAACGCCUGGUGAGAGCAUCGAGCCCUCGCCACGUGCUGUGCGAACCCUGUCUGCAAACUCGAUUGCAUCAGCCCCCAUGCCAUGCGUCGCAGACGUGCCCCCGACGCCAGUGGUGCGUGAACCCCUGGCAACACCACGCGGUGCAGAGCGGCCUGUGACGCCACGGGCCAACACAACGACCCCAAAGUCGACGAUUCGUGACCGAGACCGCACGUUUUACUCGCCGUCGCCACUAUACUCGACCGUCACAACCGUGGUGAAGGACGCCCUGCGCGAAAACACAAACAAUCAGUCCUCGCUGCGACGCAUACGCUCCAGCAUCCGCGCCAGCUUGUUCAUCGACUCGGACGAGGAAGAGGGGGGACACGAGCACGACACGCAGCAGACGUUGGCUGUUCCGCCGUCGGAGAAUGACCUGCUCAGAGUCCUGACUGCCUCUGAGCAGGGGACUGAGCCAGUGAUGCCGCCGGGCCGCCUGCGUGCUAGGAGCCUCAGCGAGACGGUCGGCAGCUUCUUUCGAUCCAAGAAAAAGGCCAAGAACGACGUUGAGAGUGGACUGGGCGACAAUGUUGAACCCAGCGUAUAA